UCUGCAGCGAUCAACAGAGGAAGUCUGUGAUUGCAGUGAGCUUCAUAGCGGCGUUUCUCUUCCUGCUGAUUGUGCGCCUCGUCAAUGAGGUGAAUUUCCCAUUGCUGCUCAACUGCUUUGGACAAGCUGGCACGAAAUGGAUCCCAUUCUCCUACACAUACAGGCGGCCCCUUCGCACUCACUAUGGAUACAUAAACGUGAGGACGCAAGAGCCUUUGCAACUGGACUGUGACCUCUGUGCCAUAGUGUCCAACUCAGGUCAGAUGGUUGGCCAGAAGGUGGGGAACGAGAUAGAUCAGUCCACCUGCAUCUGGAGAAUGAAUAACGCCCCCACCAAGGGCUACGAAGAAGAUGUUGGGCGCAUGACCAUGAUUCGAGUUGUGUCCCAUACCAGUGUUCCUCUUUUGCUAAAAAACCCUGAUUAUUUUUUCAAGGAGGCAAACACUACCAUUUAUGUGAUUUGGGGCCCUUUCCGCAAUAUGAGGAAAGAUGGCAAUGGCAUCGUUUACAACAUGUUGAAAAAGACUGUUGACAUCUAUCCAAGUGCCCAAAUUUAUGUCACCACAGAGAAGCGUAUGAGUUACUGUGAUGGAGUUUUUAAGAAGGAAACUGGGAAAGACAGAGUCCAGUCUGGCUCUUAUCUCAGCACUGGGUGGUUUACCUUCAUUCUGGCUAUGGAUGCCUGUUAUGGCAUUCACGUCUACGGGAUGAUAAAUGACACCUACUGCAAGACAGAAGGGUAUAGAAAAGUCCCCUACCAUUACUACGAACAAGGAAAAGAUGAGUGUGAUGAAUAUUUUCUUCAUGAACAUGCCCCAUAUGGAGGCCAUAGGUUCAUCACUGAAAAGAAAGUAUUUGCUAAAUGGGCCAAGGAACACAGGAUAAUAUUUACACACCCAAACUGGACAGUGUCUUGAUACUGGUUUUUCUGAUCUUGCCACACCACUUGACAUGAUCACGUACUGCAACUGUGAUGCUAAAGAUGCUAUGAUGAUGAUGGUGAUGAUAAAGAUAACAAUGAUGACCGAGACUCUGUACAUUCUCAGAUAUGGAUGAUGACUCUGCCAGAAAUUUUAACUUGGGAUUCCGUGCAGGGUGGUUAUUCUCAUUACAUUAUUUCUAAAGGUUCAACCAUUACAUGUUGCACUUUAAAAUUUAACUGGAAUUGCAAUGAAGGCCAAUAACAUAACAGCAGUGACCUAAGAAAUGAGAAGAUUAUCCUUCAAAUAGCUUCCCAGAAUUCUUGAACAGUGAAUAGCUUCCAAAAGCCACGGGAUUCAUCCUCAUGAGGUGAGGUUAUUGACUCUGUGGUCUCUUGAACAUGAGCAGCUCCACCAUCUUGAAGAAUGUUUGAUUGUCAAACACUGACCCAAGAAAUGCUAUCUGAGUACAAGUAUUUUACCACAGUUACUAGUUAGGCUGAGGGCAGGAAAGGCAUCUCUUCUGAUUGACCAUCUUCCUACAGUACUUCCUACCCAUAGGAUGACUUCACUAUCUCAAACAAUUAAAAAUGGACCAAGUAGCAAAUCUUGAUGAAUUUCCAUUCCCACCACUCCAUUCUUACUACCCCAAACAAUAUAACUAAACAUGCUACUAGAAUGAUCUAUAUUAAUGUUUAGUCAUUUUGGGUUAAGUCCUAAAUAUUUCAGAUGGCUAUUUAACAUGUAAGAAUUCAGCACUGUAAUAACAUAUACUGUGAAAACAUUUCUUUAACAAAACCAAAAGGGUUUACUAACUUUGCUUCAACUUUCAACAACACAAAAUUACAUGCUUUUUAAACUCACAAAGCAGGGAAAGCAAAGCAUAUUUUUACAUCAAUUUGUAGCUUACCAUACUUCAUAAUAUAUAUUUGUAUAUUCGAAUUUCUAUUUUAUAGGCCCAAGGCGUGUCUCUCCAUACAUUACAUUAUCAUUGCCAAGUGCCAACUGUCAGACAUGGAGAGGAAAUGAUUCCUUGUAUUAAAUCUGGCCAGAACUUUUGCCUUCUUGGGGUUUAUUUCCCCCAGAGUAGAUCAGUUGUUAUACCAUAAUAACAACAGUAAUAAUGAUCUUAAUGUCCAAAGUGCUGUGUCGUUUAGAGUCCUUUCACAUAUGCUGUCCCAUGUGAUUCCCAUGACCACCCCAUUUGUCCAUCGCCUACCCAUUCUGAUAUCUCCUUAGCAGAUGAUCCAUAAUCUGUUGAUUGCUCUGAUAUAUUGCUCCCCCUUGCUAAUAUUUGUAUAGGAUAGCAUUUAUGUAGACUAGUCACCAAUUGAUUUCAGUGCCAAAUACAAUAUAUUAUAUCAGAAUUACUCAAAAAGUAUCACAAGGAUGAUCUUGGCCAUAGAUUGAAAACAUAGGUAAUUUUGAUUUUUUUUUUUUCAAUGACUGUUUAGGUGGAGACAAGAUGAGGAAACAGGGACAGUAGGAGGGAAUGAAAGCAGAGAAAUAGAGUUUCUUGUUCCAGGCUCGAGAUGACUGUUCAUAACAUACUUAUUCCUCAUUAAAUAUUAGAGGGUUGAUCUGCUGAGAGGCGGAAAACAUCCUUGCAAAUUAUUCAAAAGACAAAAGCCAGGCUUAACUUACAGAAUGUUCUGGAAGUGGGAAGUAAGGGUGCAUUUCACCUCAAGAGCACUUUGCUAGUCUUUACCAGGGCUGAGUCUCAUGAUUAGUUUUCAUAAUUGUGGGCCAUCUUGGGCAAAAUCCUCUUUCCUGCUCUCUUCUGUCAUUUCAAUGCACCAGUACCCAUAUCCACAGCAAUGACCAGGUGCCACUUCCAUUGCUGAAACUGUUAUUGUUGUCAUUCUCUUGUUACUCCUUAUGUGGUUUUUAGUUCUAUGUGUGUUAGUUGUUUUGAGCUAAUGAUGGCUAGAAAUGUCCACUCCAAGAAAAAUAAACAGAUACAAAUGCUGAAA